CAUCCCCUCCGCCGGCUCCCCUCGUUCUGCAGUUCCUACAAACCACCUCCUGCUCCCAGCCUCGAGCUCCAGUCCCCUGCUCCUCCUGACAUCUGAGAGGCUCUGCUGCAGCGUAUCCUGGGCUAACUGUUUAUCCUGUACAGCCUGGCAACUGGCCGCACGCUCCGGAUUACCACAGGACACCCAUUUCAAAACACACUUUGCUUUCUGCUCUGACUAAUCGAGAGUAGACUAUUUGAAUUUCUUUUUUAACUGGAGGCAAAAGUUUUGGGAUAGUCACAGGAAAAAGAGAAAGCCUCUUGGAUAUGUGCUUGUGAUUUUUAUUUUUGUUUAUUUUUGUGGGUGAUUUAGAAACUUUUACUUUUACUUCUCACCUUUCCUGGAGGGCCGUGUGUGUUUACAUGCGAUGGAUCACACACUGUUCGGCUGCCUGCGGAGCCCCCACGCCCCGGCGCAGGCCCUGCAUCCCGCCUUCACCCAGUCCCCCCUGACUCUUCACGGACGCUCCGACCAUGUCUCCUACCCUGACCUGGCCUCUUCAUCCUCCUCGUCCUCCACCUCCUCCCCUUCUCCCUGCAUCAUCUCCAGCUACCCGGUCGACGACGGCCUGUUUCCCGGGCAGCACCACCACCACCACCACCCUCACCGCGGCCACCUGCCCUCCCAGCAGCAUCACCACCCACCUCAGCACCAUGCAUCUUGGCAUAUCCCACAGAUGCCGUCACCUGGCGGUAGCACACGCCACAACCUAUGCCACCCGCACUCCCACUCAUCUUCCCAUGACAGCGUGACAACACCCCCAGACCUGGGCCACACUGGCGGGCCAAGUGUGUGCGCCAGCACCCCAAGUCUGGGCAUCGGCAGCACCCCUACAGGGGCCUCCUGUGUGCCUGCCGACUUUGGCAGACAGACUCUGUCACCUGCUGAGGCGGAGAAGAGGAACGGCAAAAGGAAAAGUGACAGUUCAGAGUCCCAAGACGGGAAUUACAAGUCUGACGUGAGCAGCAAACCCAGGAAGGAUAGGACGGCGUUCACCAAGGAGCAGAUCCGAGAGCUGGAGGCCGAGUUUGCCCACCACAACUACCUAACCAGACUAAGGCGCUACGAGAUCGCCGUCAACCUCGACCUCACUGAAAGACAAGUGAAGGUGUGGUUCCAGAACAGGAGGAUGAAGUGGAAACGAGUGAAGGGCGGCCAGCAGGGCGCAGCAGCUCGAGAGAAAGAACUGGUGAAUGUGAAAAAGGGGACGUUGCUGCCGUCAGAGUUCUCUGGCAUCGCAGCGCUCCAUCAGUCGACAGACUCCUUAGCCAAUGAGGACAGUCACGACAGCGACCAGAGCUCCGAGCACACUCACUUAUGAUGCACACACACACAUACACACACACCCAUCCUCCACCCCCCCGCCGCCCCCCCCAACCCCCACCCUCAGAGGAAUCAGGCACCCUGCUUUGCCUCAGGACCGUCCUUAGAAGGACUGCUGUUUGCUGAUUCGCCAUCGCCAUACAACGAUGCUAAAUAAGUGUACAAAUAUACAGAGGAAUGACGCGUGGUAGAUAACUGAGUCAUCAUGCAGGCAAAAUGUAAAUUUCAAAGACUGAGCACAUAUAGGAGGAUGUUGACAUAUUUUUUAAAGCGCCAUUGGUUAAAAACUCAAUUUAAGCGUUAAUUUAAUGUUAAAAUGUGAUAUUUUGGCUACACAAAUUCACUGACUAUUGCAUAACAUUUUGGAAAUCAUACUUAGUCAAAUCGUUGUAAACAUUCCAUGUUGUGUGCCUUGAGAGAAGCAGGCUUUGAUUUGCACUGUCUGCACCUCAGUCAGUUUCUACUGUAUAAAAUGUAAAUUUCGAUGUAAUUGAGUUUUUGAUCAAAUCAAGUGCCAGGAAAUCCAAUUUGCCUAGCUAAUAUAAAUGAUCUGUAAAUAAUUCUCUGUAUUGUCUUACCUUAACAAUAAUUUUAUACCCACACUAUUCAGCUCAUGCAGUAAUAAACACUGACAGUUCUUUAGUCAACACUUUUGUGCCUAGAGAGGACAUUUUGUAAACAAAUCUAAAAACCUGAAAAAAGUUGCAGAUUGAAUUAAAUUUAACCAGUGGUAAAUUGAUUUCAAUAUGAUUCAAUAACUUAUUUUUUUCCAUCUAGCCUAUACGCCAUCCAUUCAUUUGUGUGUUGUAUAAAGUGAAGUUGAAAUGAAUUAAACAUUGCAGAGAGUGAAGAAAGCUGGUGAUGGGGUUGCAUGCUAAAUUCACCUUAGCCUCAGGGCAGGGUCGGUCCUCCUGCCAACACUUGGAGAGAGAACCCACAAAGGAUCAGAUUCUCUUACAAAAUCCAGUUGAAAAUAAUUUCUUGACUUGAUCUCGUCUUUCACCACAUUGUGAUUGUGCAUUCUAAUUUUUUGAGGAGGCACGUCACAUGCCAUGUGAGGCUUUUAAUUUUCUUUUUCUUUCCCCUUCAAAAAGCAAACCACAAGAUGAAUGUGGUCCUUUAUUUUUCUUUAUUUUUACAUUCUAACUGAAAUAAGUUAAACCUAUUGAAAAUUAUUCACAGCACACUCACCUCCAAAUACAGUCUUCCCACUUCACCUGCAGUGAUCAACUGCUGUCAGACUCCUGCUUCUUGGCUGUAAAAAACAUCAGAAAAGUAGGCACAUUUAGCCUGAAAUCCUUCAAUAUGUGCAUUAAAUGUAAUGUGUGAAAAGACAAACAGCUGCCCUGCAUUAACUAUUGACUUUCUACAGGCCAGUGUCAGAGGGCCUAAUGUAUUAUAAUAGUAUGCAAUAAAAAACUGGGCUAUGU